AUGGAGAUUUCGGCCCUUUUCCUCUUUUCUGUGUUGUUGUUGUUGCACUGUUUUAUGGCUAGCUUAGCUGUGGUAGUGAGAACCAACAUCACCACAGAUCAAUCAGCUCUUCUUGCUCUCAAAGCUCAUAUCACUGAUGACCCUUACAAAUUUUUGGCAACCAACUGGUCUACCUCUACCUCUGUUUGCAAUUGGAUUGGUAUUACUUGUGAUGCCAACAACCUUAGAGUCACUGCCUUGAAUCUUUCUCACAAGGGUCUUAAAGGAACCAUUGCUCCACAAGUGGGAAACCUAUCAUUCCUCUCCCAUUUAUCCUUUAGAAACAACAAUUUUCAUGGCUCUCUUCCCAACGAGUUGGCUUCUUUGCGUCGAUUGGAAGUUGUCAGCUUUGAAUUGAACUCCUUUUCUGGGGCGUUACCAUCAUGGUUUGGGUUCUUUCCUAAGCUUCGAGAGUUGUAUGCUAAUAGCAACCAGUUUAAUGGUGAAGUACCGCUCAAGAUUUGGAAUCUUCAAAAUCUGAGGGAAUUAACUCUCGCCAAUAACAGCUUAAUUGGUCUCAUCCCAAAUGCAAUCUUCAAUAGCUCAAAAAUUGAAUUCAUUAGUCUAUACAUGAACCGGUUCUCAGGCCAUCUUCCAUCAAGCAUAGGCAAUUGGCUUCCAAAUCUUAAGGUACUUUACCUAUGGGAUAAUGAACUAAAUGGAACAAUCCCUCACUCUAUCUCAAAUGCUUCUAUGCUCACUGAUCUAGAGUUGGCAGCAAACAAUUUUUCGGGGUCUAUUCCUAGUACCCUAGGAAAUUUAAGGCAUCUUGAGAGACUCAACUUAGCCAGCAAUUUUUUGACCAAAGAAUCUUCAAGUCUAAAAUUGAGUUUCCUUUCAUCUUUGGCAAAUUGCAAAAAUUUGACAGAAAUAGUGCUAGCAGAUAAUCCGCUAAAUGGCACCCUCCCAAUUUCCAUAGGAAAUUUGUCUACUACUCUUAAAAUAUUUUUUGCAUCUAAUUGCAACAUAAAGGGCAUCAUACCUAUAGGGAUUGGUAAUUUAAGAAACUUGACAGACCUACACCUAGAAGACAAUGAAUUGAUUGGUGCUAUUCCAAGUACAGUUGCAGGAAUGAGACAACUUCAAGUUGAGCAACUUGGUUGA